GCCAUGCUGCACGAGGGAUGAGGGUAGGCCCCUCGGAGCCGCCCGGCAGGGGGAGGCUCCAAACCGCCGUGCGCUGCUUCGGUCAAGAGCCGAGGUGGUAAGCGUCACGGAAACGGCGCGGCGUGACCGCGUCAGGUAGGGUGCAGGGAGACGAAGUGGAUGAACCACCGGCAACGUGUCGAAAGCGUAGGGACGGUGUCGAAACCGGGGCGAGUCGUUAACCCGGGACGAGUCCAGUGGGAGCCUGCAGCUUGGCUGGGCGGCACCCGGCAUAAAGGUGGCGUGACCCUGCACCAGGCCCUUGUGUGGAACGUGGGAACCUGUCGCCUCGAUGUGAAGGGAGAAAUCCAAGGGGCCGACCCCCAAGGAUGAGAAGCCCGAUGCGAGGCACAGGGGCGGAGCGACCCGUACGAGCGAUGAAGUCGGGGA